AUGGAGAAAAGACGGACAUUCUGUGCGGUGUAUUCCAUCAUUCAGAUUCAUUUUGUCAGUGGGAUAUGGGAAGAAAAAUACAAUACAAGACAAGUCGUUUAUGCUCUGCCUGGCUCUGAUGCCAACUUGACAUGCCAAAUUCUAAAGACAGACCACCUGGUGCAGGCACAGUGGUCCAAGGUCACUGAUGAGGAGGACCUUAUUGCCGUCUAUCACCCAGAGCAUGGUUUCUACUGUCCCCAUGGCAGACCCCCCGAAUCUCUUGUGGCUUUCACAGAGGCUCCUGGAAAUGUGACAAAUUGGACACUCUUCUUAAGAAAUAUCUCUUCCUCAUUCAGCGGAAAUUACCAGUGUAGCUUUACAAUGUUUCCAGAGGGCAUUCAGACAAAAAUCUACAACCUUGUUAUUCAGACACAUGUUGCACAGGAAGAAUGGAGGAGCAGCCAUACAAUAGAAAUAAACAUAAAUCAGACUCUGAAAAUACCAUGUUUUCAAAACAUCUCUGCAGAAAUAUCUGAACUCACCGUUGCCUGGUCAGUGGAAAUUAAUGGGACUCAGGAAACUCUUAUCUCCCAAGAACGUCCCAACAGCACAUCCGCAUUAUUCAAAGACAGAGUCAAGCUACACACAGACCACGGACUCUACCUUUCUCCAGUCCAAAUCCAAGAUGAUGACCGGAAAUUCUCUUGCCAAGUUAGACUCAGUUCCGGCAAAACAGCAACGAGCUCCACCACAGUCAAAAUUUUUGCUAAGCCAGAAAAGCCUGUGAUCAUGGAAAACAACUCCUUGAGCUUUUGGGGAGAGAGAACAUUUACGUGCUUGUUAAAGAAUGUAUUUCCCAAAGCAAAUCUCACAUGGUUUAUAGAUGGAAGAUCUCUGGAAGCUGAAAAAGAAGGAAUAUACAUCACUAAUGAAGAGAGAAAAGGCAAAGAUAAACUUUUAGAACUAACGUCUAUUUUAAAAAUUAUGCAUGGUAACCAAUCAACCCAGUCCAACAACCUGACCAUUUGGUGUGAAGCUCUGUCUUCAGCCCGUGGCAAUAGUGUAUACAACCUCUCUUCAGAAAAGAUUACUUUUUCCUGGGAGUCUACAACUUCCCCAGCAGAAUCAGUGUUACAGAAUUACAGUGUCACAUUCAGUGUUACAGAAUCUACCAACAGCAUAGCUCCUACAGCCAGCAAUUCCCAUGUCACUACCCAAGACAUCAGCCACUCCUGGACCUCCAGUGGGACAGAUGCCAAGAAAUCAGUUUCUUGGCUAUCCAGUGAAACACACAGUUCAUCCUCCUCCAGCACAGGAUCAACUCUUCAGGAUGAUAUCUUCACCAGCACAACCAGACCAUUUACGGAAGUUCCCACAACUGCCAGUGGAUCUACUAAAAAUAAUCACACCCAUAUAACUGGCAUUGUGAUUGAUAGGCCUAAUGAUGGGAUGUCCUGGCCGGCGAUUGUCGCAGUUCUGCUCUUUGUCUGCAUAUCAUUGUUUGGUCUUGGGAUAAGAAAAUGGUGCCAAUACCAAAAAGAAAUCAUGGAAAGACCUCCUCCAUUCAAGCCACCUCCACCUCCUGUCAAGUACACCUGCAUUCAAGAGUCCAUUAGCUUUGGUCUGCCUUGUCAUGAGAUGGAGCUGCUCUACCCCUUUGAGACUUCACCAUGUAGUGGAGCUCUCCUGCAAUCCAACUGA